AUGCCACAGACAUUCGAUGUAGAACAUGUUCUAGCGAACAUCAGCGAGCAGGACAAGAUCGCUCUUUUAUCAGGAACGGAUUUCUGGCACACACAUCCUAUCCCACAAUUCAACGUCCCCUCUAUUCGCGCCACCGAUGGUCCCAAUGGUAUUCGAGGCACCAAAUUCUUUGCUGGCAUCCCCGCCGCAUGUUUGCCCUGCGGCACAGCUCUGGGCGCUACCUGGGACCGGGAUCUGAUAUACCAAGCGGGGGAGCUUUUAGGUGACGAAUGUAUUGCGAAAGGGGCGCAUUGUUGGCUGGGUCCCACGAUCAACAUGCAGCGCGCUCCCCUCGGUGGCCGUGGGUUCGAGUCGUUUGCGGAAGACCCGCAUCUCUCGGGCAUUCUAGCCAAAUCCAUCAUCCUCGGAUGCGAAAGCAAAGGAGUCAUUUCCACGGUGAAGCACUUCGUCGGCAACGAUCAGGAACAUGAACGCCGGGCGGUAGAUGUCUUGGUCACCCAGCGAGCCUUGCGCGAGAUCUACCUACGACCCUUCCAGAUUGUGGCGAGAGAUGCGAAGCCCGGCGCGAUCAUGACAUCGUAUAACAAGAUCAAUGGGAAGCACGUGGUGGAAGAUGAGCGCAUGCUCAAUCUGAUCCGCGAGGAGUGGAAGUGGAAUCCUCUGGUUAUGAGCGACUGGUAUGGGACCUACACAACCAUCGACUCAAUGAAUGCAGGCCUUGAUCUUGAAAUGCCGGGGGUGUCCAGAUACCGGGGAAAGUUUAUCGAAUCGGCCGUGCAGGCUCGGCUCAUCAAGCAAUCGACCAUCGAUGCCCGAGCACGAAAGGUGUUGGAAUUCGUGAAUCAAGCGAGUCAGGUCCACGUGUCAGAAGUGGAACGAGGACGGGAUUUCCCAGAGGAUAGAGCUUUGAAUCGCAAACUCUGUGCGAACAGCAUCGUCCUCCUCAAGAAUGAAGGUAUCCUGCCCCUUCCAAGGGAUAUCAAAAGGAUCGCCCUCAUCGGAUCUCACAUGAAGACUCCCGCAAUAUCAGGUGGUGGCAGUGCAUCACUUGAGCCAUAUUACUCUGUCUCGCUAUACGACGCCUGCAGGGAAACACUUCCUAACGCAGAGGUGCUCUAUAAAGUGGGCGCAUACGCCCAUAAGAUGCUCCCCGUGAUAGACCGUCUCCUGAGUAAUGCUAUCAUCCAGUUCUACAAUGAGCCGAUGGGAAAGAAACGACAUUUAAUCAGCACUGAACCUGUAUCAAUGACAGCCUUCCAGUUCAUGGACUACGAUGCUCCCGGUCUCAACAGAGCGCUUUUCUGGGCCACACUGAUUGGCGAUUUUACGCCCGACGUCUCCGGGCUUUGGGACUUUGGCUUGAGUGUCUUUGGUACCGCAAAUCUCUACAUUGACGACGAGCUCGUGAUCAAUAACACCACGAGUCAAAUGCGGGGAACGGCAUUCUUCGGAAAAGGCACCGUUGAGGAGCUUGGAUCGAAGGGAUUAGUUGCUGGGACUACAUACAAAAUACGCAUUGAGUUCGGCUCUGCCAACACUACCACAAUGAAAACGGUGGGGAUGGUGAAUUUCGGUGGCGGCGCUGCAAAUUUGGGAGCCUGUCUAAGAAUGGACCAGGAUGAAAUGAUUGAGAGUGCCGUGCAAGCUGCCGCAGAGGCUGACUACACCAUUCUUUGCACUGGGCUCAACAAGGACUGGGAAUCCGAAGGGUUUGAUCGCACGCAUAUGGAUCUGCCACCGGGAGUCGACCAGCUGAUCUCGAAGGUGUUAACAGCCGCCGCAGAUAAGACUAUCAUUGUCAAUCAGUCCGGUACUCCAGUUACCAUGCCAUGGGCCGAUAAGGCCCGGUGCAUUGUGCAGGCCUGGUACGGAGGUAACGAGACGGGUCAUGGAAUUGCCGAUGUCCUCUUCGGAGAUGUCAAUCCAUGCGGAAAGCUGCCCUUAUCCUGGCCAGUGGAUGUGAAACACAACCCAGCCUACCUGAACUACGCUAGUGUUGGUGGCCGAGUGCUGUAUGGCGAGGACAUUUAUGGAGGUUAUCGAUUUUACGAGAAGACCGGACGAGAAGUGCUCUUUCCAUUUGGUCACGGUCUGUCAUACGCGACCUUCAAAGUCUCGCCAAUUGUUACCGUCGCCCCGGAGAUAUUCAAUAUGAAUCUUCCUACGGUCGCCACCGUGCAAAUCAAAAACACUGGCAAACUGGCAGGCGCUCAGAUACUCCAAUUGUACAUAUCUGCUCCCGAAUCCCCAACCCCGCGCCCAAGAAAGGAACUGCACGGUUUCGAAAAAGUAUUCCUGCAGGCUGGUGAAGAAAAAAUGGUUAAUAUUCAGCUGGACCGUUAUGCGACCAGCUUCUGGGACGAGAUCGAGGACAUGUGGAAGAGCGAGCAGGGGACGUAUGAAGUGUUGAUUGGAACCUCCAGCCAAGAAGUGGUGGCACGGGGUAAAUUCCAAGUGGAUAGCACCUCGUAUUGGCGGGGACUGAAGCCCCACCAGGAGGAAUGGACCCUUCGCCGACCACACGACGUCGCAGGAAUACUCGGGUGCUCACAGCAUGCGAUGCCUGUCGUCUCAGCAAGACUCGAUGCGAUUCAGCACGACCACCUAGAUACAUGGGGGGCAAGAAUCUUAGAGGCAGUAGAACGUCAAGAGCGGCUUCUGUCAGAGAGCCUGUCUUUGAAUCGAGGGCCUCCUCUUUUUUCCCAACAGGCGUCGCCAUCCCCAGUGGACGAAGUAGAUCCCGAGUCAAUCUCACGCAAUGAUGCGCUCAAGACGCCUAUUACCGGGUCAGACAUGAUUCUCAGCUGGCCUAUAUUCCCGAAAGAGAAGCCUGUAUCGACUUUUCCAAUGGCAGCGUAUUCCGAGAAGCCAGAUCGCUUCCAGACGGCUCUACCAAGCUUAGAUCCGCAAAGGCUCCUCGAACUGCGCGAGAUAUUCAUGACCAAGAUCUGGACCAAGAACCCGAUCGUUGACCCUGACCAGUUGGACUUUUAUAUCGCUCGAGUGCUGGAAAAUGGCAUUGACUGGUCUGCCUCGUCAUGCCUGGUCCUACUUAUCCUUGCACUUGCAGCCAUCUGGGGCCAUUAUCCCGACGAUGAAACGCGCGAGGUCUCUUACGUAGAACCAACGUUCAGUCCACCGGUAACUUACAUGACGAUAUCGGUUCCGGAGCAUCGAAUGAAGGAAUCACUGACCUUCCUCUCCAUGGCGCGUAAGCGCAUCUCCACUGCGUACCUCGACGAUACCUUACUGGGAGUGCAGUGUCUCUGUUUAUUCGGUGAGGUUCGAUAUGAACUGACAGAUCUCCCGCCCUGUGACCUCAGCCUUUCCGACUUUCCCUAUUCUCUCCCGAGCUUCCCCACGAGACAACCAUCCAACGACACCGCUGGGUGGGUUUUUUCCAGUCCCUCGUCUACAGACCUCGAAGCAGCAUCUUCCUACUAUUAUCUGGCCGAGAUUUUCUUGCGCAGGCUUCUCAACCGGGCCCGCAAUGCGGUUCGUGUGCUCUCCCCGGAUAUCGACCCGCCAACCAUCAGGACUCUGGCGGAAACCCUGACGCAGCUGGAGGGUCAACUCCAGCAGUGGGUAGACUGUCUGCCACAUACACUCCGCUUUAAUAUGCCUCUUGAGUCUGCCCCAGGACCGAAAGAAGGUGAGCUCAUGAAGCUAAGCCGUGAGCGAUACGUCGAGGUGCGUGAACUGCUCUGCCGCGCGUAUCUAUAUAUGUGCAUACAUGUACCACUCGACCUAGGGAUGGCGGCACUGUGUGGGGUCAAAGCUAGCGAGGCGCUACUUUUGGCAGUUUAUCGCAUCCAGACCGAAGUGCCAUUCUUCCGACAUCCGGGGUCAUGGGGAGCAUGUCGAGUCCGGUUUAAUCAUGCGCUUUGCCUCGUUGCGGGAUUUCGCGCAAAAAUUAGACAACGUCCCUCAGCAGAAUAUGUGACCAUUCCGCCCGAAUGGGCGGACUGUGUUCGGGUGGUGAUCGAGCGGUUGAAGAUCUGGGGCGAGGAGGGCGGUGGGAUCAAGGAGUUAAGUGUGCUGCUGGAGUGGUUGAUGCAUGGCAAUUUGGAAUUGUAG